GAACUUAAGUCACGUGAUCGGAAGUGUUUGUAGUCGGACCGCGCGAAUGUUGCACGCAAAGUUGACAUCUCGGCGGCACAACUUUCAAUUUGAAAACAGCUCAAGAGGACAUUAAGCAGAAUGUCCCGAGCAAUGGGAGACAGUCACAGGCGCUUCUUGCAGACCAUGAUGAGCAAUGGCAUCAUCAGUGCAUCUCAGGCUGAAGCACUACACAAACACUGCUGUGAGACCCAUGGAGCGCACUAUGUGGCAGACAGAUUAGAUGAUUUCAUUAAUGUCAUCAACUCUCAGCUUCAGCCCUUGUUCAUGUACAUCAGGAAAGGCAUGUCUGAAGAAAAUGGACUGGAGUAUUAUGCCUUGGUAAACAUGACCGAUACAGAGAUAACAAGAAUGGCGUCUGAUUAUGCAGAUAAUGAACUGGAAUUAUUCCGAAAAACGAUGGAUCUGAUUGUGGACUCUGAGAGCGGCUCUGCUUCCUCCACUGAUAUUUUAAACUGUGCCGACAGCCUCCGGACAAAGAAACUGAAGAAAAAAGAAACCGAGCAUGUCUUGAACAAAUUUGUCCAGGACAAAUGGUUAAAUGAGAAAGACGGUGAAUACACUCUUAGUGUCCGCUGCGUUGUGGAGAUGGAACAGUAUAUGCGCACAAUCUAUCAGGAUCUCAUCAAAGUGUGUCAUGUGUGCCACAACAUUGCCCUGCAGUGCCAAAUGUGUGAAAACCCAGCAUGUGGAAUCAAGGUGCACCUCCCGUGUGCUGCUAGAUAUUUCAGAGCACGCAGUGACCCUCAUUGCCCAGCAUGCAAUGAUUUCUGGCCUCACGAGAUUCCAGAAAUGCAGCGUUUUCAGUCACAGAGUUCACAAAAUCUACCUUCAUCAACCAGAGAGAACACUGCACCCACACCGUCCCGGCGCUCGAGGAGGUCAUAGUCUCAAAUCCUGCUGAUCUAUCGCUUCAGCUGUUUUGGUUUAUUUCAAGUGCUUCCUUGUAAGAGUCUAAGAUUGUUUUUACAUGUAUUGUUAUUGAAUAAGUUUGUUUCUCAAUUCCACUUCUUUUGUUGUUCGAAAUUGAAUUCUACAUCAAAUUGUUUAUGCAAAUAAACUAAUGUUUCUUUUUUUGCUCUUAUGGAAAUGUUUGCUGUAGAAUUUGAGCACAUUUGUUGUAUGGUUGCCAAGAUAAAAAGUUUUUUUUUUUUGAGAAGCAUAUUGUUCUUUCAAUCCAAUACCCUUUUUAGAAGGGAAGUUGAUCAAAGAUUAAAUUGCUUAAUAAAUACAAUCUUUACUAAAAAAUGACUUCAAGUUAUUUGCAAAGUUGUAAAUAUGGUAAUUCAAUUUAGUAAUACUUCCUGUGACCACUGAACCGAACGAAAAUCAAGACCAGUAGUUCAAACUGAUAAAAUAUAUAGCUUGACAAAAUAUCAGAAGGGUUUGUUUUUUAAAUCAAAAUGAAGGCUUUUUAUGACCUAUUUCAACACCUGCUAAUAUUAAACCAUAAAAUAACAGUACAUUUCAAACUACAAUUUACAGUUAAAAUAUAUAGGGUUUGACAAAGAAAAUAUUUUAGAAAAUGCUAAACCUCACAUUUCAGUUGUAAAACCAUUUUUAAGAAAAUAGAUGAGUUAAAAUUAUAAAUAUUAUUUAUAUUUAAAGUGAAUAUAAAUAUAAUUUAUAUUUUUACAUUAUAAUCUUAACCCAAAAGGUCUAGAAUGAAUUGUCAUUGCAUUAAAUGUUGGA